CUCACUUCCUUUCAUUCCACGCUGACUGAGUAACGUUAUCACACAGCUUCCUUAUUUUCGCUCCGAAACUCCAUUCCCCAAGUCCCCUAACCAGCUUAGCCAUGAAAAGAGACAGAGAAGAUGAGCAGACCCUGGAUUUGGUUAGUUGCUUGAUGCUGUUAUCCAAAGUCGGCCAAAAUGAUUCAUCCCCAGUCAAAAAACAAAAGACCUCGGACCGCGCCUUUGUCUGCAAGACUUGUAAUCGCGAGUUCUCAUCGUUCCAAGCCCUCGGAGGCCACAGAGCGAGCCACAACAAGCCGAAACUAAUGGCAGGCGGAGCUAUAGACCUUUUACAGCUUCCUCAGUCGACGCCGAGCUCGCCGGCCAAGCCCAAGACGCACGAGUGCCCCAUCUGCGGGCUUGAAUUCGCAAUUGGGCAAGCGCUUGGAGGACACAUGAGGAGACAUAGGGAUGUUAUAAAUUCUGCUUCUGCAGAUCGAGAUCGGGCAGCAGCCAUGCCGGUGUUGAAGAAAUCCAAUAGCAGCAAAAGGGUGUCGUGCUUGAAUCUGGAUUUGAAUUUGGCACCACCGGGAUACCAACGUCAUUACGAUUUGACGAAGCUGCAGUUGAUUGCUUGAAACAGAAUAGUAAAGUGUUGCCCAUAUUAUUAAUUCGAUGAGGUUUGAUGUGAAUUUCUCUAGUCAGAAAUAUUUAAUUCGGUGUUUGUAUAGAAACAGUGAUUUAGUGUUCUCCAAUAUUUUUUUGGUUAGUGUUCUUAUUUCUUUUAACAUUCUUAUGGUACAAUU